AUGGAAGAAGGCGAGUCGCCUUCUGCAGAAGUUACGGCGGGAAACCCUGAAGAAUUGACAAAGAAUCCAACUGCAUUAAAAGAAGCUCAUGAACAAAUGGCAACUCUUGAUGUUCUUGUUUGUGGGCAGUGCCAUUCAGCAUUUCAUUUUCUCGAGGAGUUUAAAGAGCAUAAAGAACCAAAUAACUGUGUUGGCAAGUCUCCAGUGAGGGACAGUAAUGAAAGCAAAGCUCAAGUUUGGGCAUUCCUACUAUGGAAAUGCUCCUCAGCACGUGAUGGAUCAACAUCAAACACAGACAAUAGCUGGAAGCUGUAUCAACAGUGGUGUCGUAUGCCGGAAGCUCAAAGGACCACCUGGAUCACAGCAGGGUCAAAUGUCCAGUCUCUAUCUAAGUUUGCUCAUGCUAAAGUUAUGGAAGUUAAAACUGAAGAUCAGCUUGUUCCUGUUCAGACUCCAACUGCUGAAAUGAAAAAAAGAGGAAGGCCUAGAAAACUUCCACAACUUUCAAAAGUGGAAGAUUCUGAAACACAACCAUCUGGUGAAGAAAGUGACGAUGUAAAGGCUAGUCCAGCACAGAAAGUUUUGCCUAAAGCAGUGACAUUCCAAACUCCAAAGGCAAAGGAGUUAACAGACAAAGAGUCUGUGCGAAAUGCACAAGAACGAGUUCCGCCUGAGGAGCGGAUAGCACGGCGCUCUGAACGCGAGGGUGCCGACACUGUUGAAGCUGGAGAAUAUGUUGUAGAGAAAAUACUUGCAAAGCGUUUCAACCCGCGUCGAAAGCAGUAUGAGUAUUUACUUAAAUGGGAAGGCUAUCCACAGUAA